AUGGCCGUUGCCGCCAUGAGGGUGAAAACCUUGGUCUUGAGAAAUGCAGGAAUGAUAGAAACCAGUAGGAUGAUUGAGAUGACAUUGAGGAUCGGAACUGCUGGGAAGAAACGGGAUCCUCCAACUG